AUGUAUGCAAAUAAUCUCUUUAACAAUGGUGUCUCCAAACUGAUGUGUGAUGCACCUAUAGAUGAUGUUGUAACGCAUGAUGAUAGUGAUGUGAAGGUGACGGCUUUGCUGCAUCGUGUGCGGUCUGCUCUUGAGGAUCAUCAAGUGACUGAGAUGAUGAAUCAAAGGGCCUCAGAUAGUUGUAGUAAUGAAGAGGUUUACAUGCAGGCGGAGAAUCCAUCAAAGUUGCGAGAAAAGUAUCGAAUGCGUCUUCAUUAUCUAGAAUGGUUACAUCGAUUCGUGAAACAACAGCAACAUGUAUUGUUUACAUUGCAACAAAUAACCGAUGAUCCGCAGUUCAAACUCUCUAGUGAGCAGAAUACAUUACAGAAAGAUCCUGAAUUUUUGGAUUCGCUGAGGAUAGAAAAAGUGGAGUGUGAAACGAGUAUGAACCACAUGACACCUACUUUGCAUGAAACGAAUGAACAAUGUAGUCCUUGUAGAGUUUCGACGUUACAAGUGGACCCAGUGAACACUGUUAAAUCUUCAGAUAGUGUUCCACAGGGAAUGGAUGAUAGUGGAAUGAGUUCUGUUGAGCAGAAGAUGUUAGAAUCAGAUAUUGAUUGGCGGAAUUUUCGCACCUGGCAACCUUCACAGGUCUCUCUUCUUGCGAAUGUUACGCAGCCGUAUGGUGGGGAGAAGUCCCCUGUACGGCAUAUAUUGUGUCUAUCAACCGUUGUGUGUGAGAAACCGCGUGGGAUACGUGCGAAGGAUGCUGCUUUGCGUGUGCAGGGUAGAUAUUGUAAGAGUUGUUUAUCACCACUAGAGAAACAACGUUUUCCAUUUCCAAGUUGGAAAGCCGCACGAUUCUGUUAUUACACGGGAAUGUAUUAUUGUACUAGGUGUCAUACAGGGAAAAAGAGUAUUAUCCCGGCACGUGUAUUGCAUUCAUGGGAUUUUGAACCAAAACCUGUUUGUAAUGAAGCCCUUGAUUUCUUAGAGUUGCAACGUGAUCGUCCACUUUACUUUAUUUCUGCCGUAAAUCCUUCACUUUACCAUCAUGUACAACUCUUAUACAUGUUACGAUUCAUGCGAUUGCAGGUAGUGGCAUUACGUGAAGUGGGUGUCCAAUGUCACGUAUUUCGUCAACUAUUUUACGGUGAAGAUGCGUUAGAACCAUUGACGUCUCAAGGGAAUAAUACGGGAGUUGUCGUCUCAUCUACUUCAACAGAUAUUACUUCUUAUAAAUUACACAUUGAGUCUUUUGUACCGCAAGAGAAGCGAUAUAUGAUGGAGGAUAGUGAAGUAUGGUCCCUUGCAGAUCUUGAGGAUAUAUGGAGAUGUGAGAGUGAAGAAUUUAUGAGACUUCUUACACCUCCAUCCAAGUCUCUCAUGGAAGAAUCCGCAUACAACCGCGUACUCACAGUGGUAGCUGGUAAAUGUAAGACCGCAUUAUUUCUUAAGCAUCUUAGGGCACAUAUGGUAUAUCAUAUUCUACAAAAACGUUGUGCUAUUUGUGUUCAAAAUAGUCUCGAUCUCUGUCGUUAUUGUUGCCCAUCAGAUAUAUUGACAUUGUUUGAGAAAAGGAAAGAAGAAGAAAAAUUACAAGUUCAAAAAGAAAAUGCAGGUAAUCCUACAUCAUCUUUAUUUACUAUUUCUUCUUCUUCUUUAUUUUCAUCUCAAGACUCUUCAGAAGAAAGACCUGUUAUUGUACCACACCUUUAUAGUGUUUGGUCAUUUGAUUUGGUACAUGUUCGUGCAUGUCCAAGUUGUGGUGCUUGUUAUCAUAAACGCUGCUUUUACAAAUUACAACAAGAGAUGUCAGGAGUAAUGUGGUGUAAACGUUGCGCUCCAAACUCUCCAAGUAAUAGAAGUCGUAAUAAUAGUAAUAGUAGUAGUGAUAAAGAUAGUAGCAAUAACAAAAACGGUAGGACUAAUGAAAAUGGUGUAGCAGAUGGGUCGAUAUGUUCCCAUCCCAGAGAAUAG